UCUGUCCACGGGUGCGCAACUACAAUUGAAAACAGUUCUCAGUCGACCAUGUUACCCGCUCUAUUGGCCACGUUAAUGCCAUUCGCACUAGUCGGACGCGUGUUAGCCAGCUCCGAUAUUUUCUCUUUGCCUUCAAAGAGCAAUCACAGCGAAGAGCUGCUCGAGGACUAUGGCAAGUUUAUGCUGUCCGUGAUGAAUCGCAGCAUCGAUCCCUGCGAGAACUUUUACGAGUACAGCUGUGGCGGCUGGAAGAAGUCCGAGCUGGUGCCGGAGCUGGCCAGGAACUCGAGUUUCCUGUAUGCCAUACAGCAAAGGAUCGAUGAAUCGGUGCUGGGAUUUCUGCAAAAUGUCACACAAAAGGAGCUUGAGGAUCUAGGCACAAAUGGCACACGAUCGUCGGAGCUGAAAGCCAAACAAUUUUUUGCCAGUUGUGUGAAGGUAAAGGCCAAUAUGUCCUUGGGCUAUGAUCAUCUAGAACAGGACAUUGAUGAUCGCAACAAGGAGCAACAGCCAGCGAAGACUCAUACUUUGGAUUGGAUUUAUGUGAAUUUCAUGUCCAAAUACGAGAUCUAUCCGCUGCUGCCCAUGAAAGUCCACUACAGCACUUCCUCGCGGAAGUUCGAUGUGCUGCUGUCGCCACCUACGAAGGUCCUGGCUGGUGUCAACGAUGAGCAGCUGAAGAACAUGACGCGGGACUUUGGUUGGGCUGACAAUCUGGAGAAGACCAAGCAGUUCCUCGAGAGUUUUGUCAAUCUCACAAUUUUCGAAAAGAAUCUGACGGCUCUAGCGAAGACCCGCAAUGAAACGGAGAAGCUCAGCCUGAAGGAUUUCCUGGGCAAACACAAGCAGGAUCGUCUUAAUUGGACGCGGUACUUCGAGAUGGCCUUCAAUGGCACUCAGGACUCGAGCUGGCCUGUCCUCAAUCAACUGGAUGCUGGCUCCACUAACGAUUUGGUGUACUUUCUGGAGCAGACCCCUCUGGACACGCUGAAAUCCUACGUGCGGAUGCGUGUCCUGCUGAAGUUUCAUGCGUUGUGGAAGACCAAAACCAAGGAGGGUGGAGUGCAGAGCGAGUGCCGUUCGCUGACAGAGACUUACUUUAACUACGCCGUGUUGCCGUGGUUCAUAGGAAAAGUCUUCGAUAAGAACCAACGCGCGGAUAUCCUUACUGUGGCCAAGGACAUUAGGGAUACGUUCUACGAGCUGCUGGAUCAUCACGCCUGGCUGGACGAUGACACACGCUCGCAGGCCAAGACAAAGCUGGCUUCGAUGGACAUCCUCGUGGGCUACACGGACGACCUGCAGCAUCGUGAGGUCAUCGAUCAGGUGUACAGCGAAAUCAACAUGACAGGCAAUUGGUAUGAGAAUCUGUGCAUAAUCGAGGGUAGCAGAGCGAGCAUAAGACUGCGAUCUGUGGACAAAGCGCUGAUACCGAUCCUCAUGCCCACGCGCACGGUCAACGCGUACUACGCGGAUUUUCUGAAUCUUGCAUUCAUCACCAUCGGCAUGGCCCAGUGGCCAUUCUACCAUCGGGACUUUCCCGCUGUGCUCAAGUAUGCGGGUGUGGGCAACAUCAUUGGCCAUGAGAUGGCCCAUGGCUUUGACUCGUACUGCUAUCAGUACAAUUACGAUGGCAAGCGGGUCAACUGGUGGUCCGCCACUUCGCUGAGGAACUUCAAGGAGCGCUACCGCUGCCUGGAGUCGCAGUACAACAAAUUUAUACUCAUGGGCGUCCAAACAAAUGGCACUAUGACCUCCGGUGACAACAUCGCCGACAAUGUCGGCACUCGCAUGGCCUAUUACGCCUACAAACGGAAAACCGGGGACAAGGCCUGGCUGGAGCGGCCCCUACGCGGCUUGGACUUCAACAACAAACAACUGUUCUUUGUCAAGUUCGCGCAGAGCUGGUGCAAUGGCAAAGACAGCGGCGAUAAGCUCAAGAAACUGAAGACCGAUGUCCACGCCUACGAUGAGUUUCGGGUGCAGGGCACGCUCAGCAAUAUGCCGGAGUUUAGUGAGGCUUUUGGCUGCAAGUUGGGCUCGGAAAUGAAUCCACUCAAAAAGUGUGUCGUUUGGUGA